AUGAAAGACACAGCAAGUAAAAAGUACGAAAAACUUUUCGAAGAUAAUGAACUUGAUGCUGCCGCCACAGCUGCCGAGAAGGAACGUAAUGAAAAUGUGCCGAUGAAAGAGGGUAAAGAUCAAACAUUAGAAAUGUGGUUAACAACAGCUGAAGCAGCCAGCCUUGGUGCUGAAGAAGUAGCAGCCAGAUUACAUGUUGAUAUAAGAACAGGUCUUUGGUGGCAAGAAGCAGAUCAUCGAAGACAAUUAGUUGGAUUUAAUGAAUUCAGUGUUAAGGAGGAAGAACCAACAUGGAAGAAAUAUCUGGAACAGGUUGUGUAGAAACAUUUCUUGCUCGCAAUUUAGUUCCUGGCGAUGUAGUUUACUUAAAUAUUGGUGAUAGAGUACCUGCGGAUAUCAGAAUAUUUGAAGCAAUAGAUUUAGCAAUUGAUGAGAGCAGUUUUACUGGAGAAACUGAACCAGCACAAAAAUCAACAGCUCCAUUGCUUAAAACUAAUGGAUUGACAACAAAAAGAAAUAUUGCAUUUAUGGGUACGUUAGUCCGUUGUGGCAAUGGAAAAGGAAUAGUAGUGAAUACAGGAGAAAAAAGUGAAUUUGGAGAAGUUUUCUCAAUGAUGCAGGCUGAAGAAGCUCCAAAAACACCACUUCAAAGAAGUAUGGAUAUUUUGGGUACUCAAUUAUCCUUUUAUUCAUUUUGCAUUAUUGGCAUUAUUAUGCUUCUUGGCUGGAUCCAAGGCAAAGCUAUACUUGAAAUGUUUACCAUCAGCGUAAGUUUAGCAGUAGCAGCUAUACCAGAAGGUUUACCUAUUGUUGUAACUGUAACUUUGGCAUUGGGUGUUAUGAGGAUGGCUAAAAGAAAAGCCAUUGUGAAGAAAUUACCAACAGUGGAAACACUGGGUUGUGUAAAUGUGAUAUGUUCUGAUAAAACUGGUACUAUUACAAAGAAUGAAAUGACUGCAACGAUUUUGGUGACAUCAGAAGGAUAUAUAGCUGAUGUUACCGGUGCUGGUUAUAAUGAUAAAGGAGAAGUACGAAUUCGAAAAUGUGAUAACAUGGACCUUGCACGCACUGCUAUCAGCAACAUGUUGGAAGUAGGAUGUGUUUGUAAUAAUGCGAUAAUACAGAAUGAUACUUUGCUUGGUCAACCAACAGAAGGUGCGUUGAUAGCGGUGGCAAUGAAAUAUGGGAUGUAUGGAGUUGCUGAUAGGUAUCUACGAUUACAAGAAUAUCCAUUUUCAUCUGAACAAAAAAUGAUGGCUGUAAAAUGUACUCCAAAAUACGGAGAAAAUAAGCAAGAAAUAUAUUUUGUGAAAGGUGCUCUGGAUAAGAUUUUACCAUUAUGUACCAAAUACUUUAUCAAUGAUCAAGUUUAUUUUCUAAAUCAAAAGAAAGAUGAAGAAUUUUUAACAGAAGCUUAUGAUAUUGGCCAACAAGGAUUAAGAGUAAUUGGAUUGGCGCGUGGCACGUCGUUGCAAGAUUUAAUGUAUGUUGGUCUCGUUGGUAUAUGUGAUCCUCCACGACCACAUGUUCGUGAAUCUAUAACAACUCUUAUAAAUAGCGGUGUUAAAGUUAAAAUGGUUACAGGCGAUGCUAAAGAAACUGCAUCUGCAAUAGCAAGUAUGAUUGGAUUAGAUGUACUUCAUUCACGGUUAAUUUCUGGAGAUGAAAUUGAUUUAAUGUCCGAACACCAGUUAGAGCAAUGUAUUAGUAACGUUAGUGUAUUUUAUCGGGUCACGCCUAAGCACAAAUUAUGUAUCGUAAAAGCCUUGCAAAGAGAAGGAAACAUAGUAGGCAUGACAGGUGAUGGUGUGAAUGAUGGAGUUGCUUUGAAAAAGGCAGAUAUAGGCAUAGCCAUGGGUAAAAAUGGUACUGACGUUUGUAAAGAAGCUGCGGACAUGAUUUUAGUGGAUGACGAUUUUGAAACUAUCAUUGCUGCAAUUGAAGAAGGGAAAGGAAUUUUUCAUAAUAUACGAAAUUUUGUAAGAUUUCAACUAAGUACUAGUAUAGCCGCUCUAUCUCUAAUUGCACUUGCUACUUUGAUGGGUAUACCAAAUCCGUUAAAUGCGAUGCAAAUUCUUUGGAUUAAUAUUAUUAUGGAUGGUCCACCUGCUCAAAGUCUUGGUGUCGAACCAGUUGAUAAGGAUGUCUUAAAACAAAAACCGCGGAACACAAAAGAACCAAUGAUUACGCGACAUCUUAUCAUUAAUGUACUAUUGUCAGCUACUAUCAUUAUUAUUGGCACUUUAUGGGUUUACAAUAAAGAGACCAAAUCAAUAUUUACUAUUGGUUUCUUGAGUAACAAAAUGUUUCUGGUAGCCGUAACAUUAUCAGUAAUAGGACAGAUGUUAGUGAUCUAUUUUCCGCCAUUACAACGAGUUUUCCAAACUGAAGCUCUUUCGGCAGUAGAUAUCUUGGUUCUCGUCGGAAUUACAUCAAGCGUUUUCAUAAUUAGCGAGAUAAAGAAAUUAAUAGAGAGGCAGCUGUAUAGAUUACGAUCAGGUACACGAUAUUACAAUAAGUCCGAAAUGGAUUUU